AUGGGAGAAGCUUGGGCACCAUCACAGACGAACUGGGCGUUGGCGAAUAAUUACAAAACAACGCGUAUCGUGUACCAAUUACCCAUGGAGUACCAAGGCCCAGCCACACGUUCUGCCGGUGGAGCCGGUACUCCGCGCGUACCAGGUACUGUACACUCUGGAGAUCCUGCGAGUCGGUCUGCACGCGCCAACAAUGCCAUUGGUGGAGGCAAGCAGAAAAAUGUGUCCUUCUCCUUCAAAAAGCGGUGCUCAUCACGCGUGUUCAUUGCUCAAUGCGCUCUGGCGGUGGAUCUAGCGCUACACCGUCGACUCGGGGGACGACGGAUUCUCCACCGCGUGGACCUCGUCCAGGCCCGUCCCUCGUACCCGAGUGCAGCGUUGCACAGAGGGGGAUCGCCUUGCCCUCGCCACCGGGCCAAGAACCAGGAAUGGGACUAUUUGGAGCGCCAAACCGGCGGGUUCCGUUAUCGCCUUCUCUGGACCUUCGAGAAGGUCAUCUAA